GUCCGGGUCUCUUGGGAUCCGUAGGGGUCGUACCCCUAGAUUAGUGCGUGGUCUGGUGACCCAGAGAGAAGAAGCGAAAGAAGUGUUUAGCCCGAGAUCAUGUCUACCGUGGUAGCUCAGUCGCUGCAUGUUUUUGGUCUUCGAUCCCACGUGGCGAACAAUAUCUUCUUCUUCGAUGAGCAGAUCAUUAUAUUUCCUUCAGGAAAUUAUUGUGUGAAGUACAAUAUGGACCAAAAAUGGCAAAAAUUCAUUCCAGGCUCAGAAAAGAGUCAAGCCAUGUUGGCUUUGUCCAUCAGUCCCAAUCGGCGAUACCUCGCUAUCUCCGAGACUGUGCAAGAAAAAGCUGUCAUCACCAUUUAUGAACUGUCAUCCAUCCCUUGCCGGAAGCGCAAAAUCCUUAAUAAUUUUGAUUUCCCAGUUCAGAAAUUUGUUAGCAUGGCUUUUUCUCCAGACUCCAAAUACCUCUUGGCUCAGGCAUCACCUCCAGAAUCAAAUCUUGUCUAUUGGCUAUGGGAAAAGCAGAAAGUAAUGGCCAUUGUUAGAACCGACACACAGAACAACGCUAUCUACCAGGUGAGCUUCAAUCCCCAGGAUAACACUCAGGUUUGUGUCACUGGAAAUGGGAUUUUUAAACUGCUCCGUUUUACUGAGGGAACCCUGAAGCAAAUCAAUUUUCAGAGGGGAGAGCCCCAAAACUAUCUAUCCCAUGCCUGGUUGUCUGAUGACAAGAUUAUCGUCGGCACUGAUACAGGCAAGCUCUUCCUCUUUGAAUCUGGAGAUCAACGCUGGGAAACAAAUAUAAUGGUCAAGGAACCCACUGGUGAUUUGAAGAAUCUGGAGGUGAUCCAUGAAUCGGAGAGCCUGAUUGAAUUUCCACCAGUCAGCUCCCCAGUCCCUUCCUUUGAACAGGUGGUGAAGGCCAGCAGCCACGGCCAGCUGGCACUGCCCCAGGUGUUUGCCAUUGCAGCCUAUUCAAAGGGAUUUGCCUGUUCUGCUGGGCCAGGAAGAGUACUGCUGUUUGAGAAGAUGGAAGAGAAGGAUUUCUACCGUGAAAGCAGAGAAAUCCGGAUCCCCAUGGACCCACAGAGCAAUGACCCAAGUCAGUCUGACAAACAGGAUGUUCUCUGCAUGUGCUUCAGCCCCUCAGAGGAAACUCUGAUUGCCAGCACUAGUAAGCAGCAACUCUACAGCAUCACCAUGUCCCUGACAGAGAUCACUAAGGGGGAGCCUGCUCACUUUGAGUAUCUGAUGUACCCAUUACAUUCAGCAUCCAUCUCGGGUCUAGCUACCUGCAUCCGCAAACCCCUCAUUGCCACCUGUUCUCUGGAUCGAUCUGUUCGUGUCUGGAAUUACGAAUCAAACACUCUAGAACUAUAUAAGGAAUACCAAGAAGAGGCAUACACGGUCAGCCUUCACCCAUCUGGACACUUUGUUGUAGUAGGGUUUGCUGACAAACUACGCCUAAUGAAUCUACUCAUUGAUGAUAUACGUUCUUUCAAAGAAUACUCUGUCAGAGGAUGCAAAGAGUGUUGCUUUAGCAAUGGAGGUCACCUGUUUGCUGCAGUCAAUGGGAAUGUGAUCCACAUUUUUACCACCACAAGCCUAGAGAACAUCUCAAACCUGAAAGGACACACAGGAAAGGUUCGUUCAGUUGUGUGGAAUGCAGAUGACAGCAAGCUGAUUUCCUGUGGCACAGAUGGUGCCGUGUAUGAAUGGAAUCUGUCCUCAGGAAAGAGAGAGACAGAAUGUGUGCUCAAGUCCUGCAGCUACAACUGCGUUACCAUCUCCCCCGAUGGAAAAGUUAUCUUUGCCGUUGGAUCAGACCAGACCCUCAAGGAGAUUGCAGAUUCUUCAGUCCUUCGAGAGAUGUCAGCAUUUGACGUUACCUACACAGCCAUUGCCAUCUCACACUCAGGGCGGAUGAUGUUUGUGGGCACCUCAGUGGGAACCAUUCGUUCAAUGAAGCACCCUCUCCUUGUGCAGAAAGAAUUCAAUGAGUACCAGGCCCAUGCUGGUCCUGUCACUAAGAUGUUGCUCACCUUCGAUGACCAAUACUUGCUGACUGCUGCUGACGAUGGCUGCCUUUUCACCUGGAAGGUCUUUGAUAAGGAUGGUCGAGGGAUCAAGCGAGAAAGGGAAGUGGGCUUUGCCGAAGAGGUGCUUGUUACUAAAACAGACAUGGAAGAGAAGGCUCAGGUCAUGUUGGAGCUGAAGACUCGUGUGGAAGAAUUAAAAAUGGAGACCGAGUAUCAACUUCGACUGAAGGAUAUGAACUAUUCUGAGAAGCUUAAGGAGCUAACAGACAAGUUCAUCCAGGAAAUGGAGUCCUUGAAAACAAAGAACCAGGUUUUAAGAACAGAAAAAGAAAAGCAGGACAUAAUGCAUCAGGAACACCUAGAUGACCUCCUAGACACGCAAAGCCGAGAACUGCAAGACCUGGAAUGCUGCAAUAACCAAAAGCUACUUCUGGAAUAUGAGAAGUACCAGGAGUUGCAGCUCAAGUCCCAGAGGAUGCAGGAAGAAUAUGAAAAACAGCUUCGGGAUAAUGAUGAGACCAAGAGUCAAGCCCUGGAGGAGCUAACUGAAUUUUAUGAGGCUAAACUUCAGGAGAAAACCGCCCUUUUGGAAGAGGCCCAGGAAGAUGUCAGGCAGCAGCUGCGGGAGUUUGAGGAGACCAAGAAACAGAUCGAAGAAGAUGAAGACCGAGAAAUUCAAGACAUCAAAACCAAAUAUGAGAAAAGGCUUCGGGAUGAAAAGGAAUCAAACCUGCGGCUCAAAGGAGAAACGGGAAUCAUGAGGAAAAAGUUCAGCAGCCUGCAGAAGGAGAUUGAAGAGCGAGCCAAUGACAUUGAGAUCCUCAAGGGAGAGCAGGUGAAGCUUCAAGGAGUCAUCAAGUCCCUGGAGAAGGACAUCCAGGUCCUCAAGCGGGAGAUCCAGGAAAGAGAUGAGACAAUUCAGGAUAAGGAGAAGCGAAUUUAUGAUCUGAAAAAGAAAAAUCAGGAACUAGAAAAAUUCAAGUUUGUGCUUGACUACAAAAUAAAGGAGCUGAAGAAGCAAAUAGAACCUCGAGAGAAUGAGAUCAAAGUGAUGAAGGAACAGAUCCAGGAGAUGGAAGCUGAACUGGAGCGUUUCCAUAAACAGAACACACAACUGGAGCUGAAUAUUACAGAACUGUGGCAGAAAUUAAAAGCCAGUGAUCAGGAGAUGUGCAGAGAGAGACAGAAGGAGCGGGACUUAGAAGCUCUGGUCAAACGGUUUAAGACAGACCUUCACAACUGUGUCGCAUGUAUCCAGGAACCUCGGCUGCUGAAGGAGAAGGUCCGAGGUCUCUUUGAGAAGUAUGUGCAGCGGGCAGACAUGGUGGAGAUUGCAGAGAUGAACACAGACCUGCAGCAAGAGUAUGCCCGUCAGCGGGAGCAUCUGGAGAGGAACCUGGCCACGCUUAAGAAGAAGGUGGUCAAAGAGAGUGAGCUGCACCGCGCUGACUAUGUCCGCAUCAUGCAGGAAAAUGUCUCCUUGAUCAAGGAAAUUAAUGAGCUCCGCAGGGAGCUAAAGUUCACCCGCUCCCAAGUUUAUGACCUUGACGCAGCCCUGAAGUUGACCAAGAAAGUCCGUCCACAGGAUAUUCCAGACACAGUGCCCAGCAGGGACAUGAUUGGCAUCACUCCCACAACGAGACUAAAUGAGCAAGAAGAAACUGGAAGAAUUAUCGAAAUGCAACGCCUAGAAAUCCAGCGCCUCAGAGAACAAAUCCAAGAGCAAGAACAGGUCCCAGGGUUCCAUCCCCUCACUGGAGUUCGACUUCCCUCCCUCAUCGACUCAGAGAUUGGACCACCUGAUCUUAAAUAUGACCAUCUGCUGUUUCUGACCUAGCUUUCAUUUCUACCAGGCCCCAUUAUUGGGAACCCAGCUACACAGAUAUGAGGACAGGUGGUUUUUUAAUGCACUGAAGAGCAAAGGAAUAUAACCAGAUGUCCGUAUCUUCAACCUGCAAAGGCCGACACGCCUCUAAUACUCAACAAACAUCUAAGCCCCCAGUGCCUGCUGGUCACCUCUGCCUAUCUUAGCCUGGCAUCUUUGGAGCAGCUGCUGCUUGCCCCAUCUUCCCCAAUCUGCUGGGCACUAGUCUCCAGUAAAAUUGAUUAAAAAUUGUUUCCUUCUGUUUUUUUUCUUUAUUAUUAGAGAAUCAUGACAGAAAAUUCAGGCAUAAAUUACAGAGUUCCCAUAUAUCACCCCAUUAUUAACACACUAUA